CAAAUAAAAACACGAUAACGCUGUGAUGUCUGGCUAAAGAUGAAAUGGAGUGGUUUUUAACUUUUAAUUUAAGUGUAUUUAUCACCUCUCUGUUUUAAUAGAGAACGGUUUUAUAUAGAGUAUUUAUUUUUUUGAAAAAGGUUAUCAUGAAGGGCUUUGUCACUGGCUUGGUAAACCGGAGUAGCGUUGCAGUCGGUGUCUUCUGGCCGCUUUUGGCUGGAGGUCUCUGGGCAGCUGUGGUCGCCUACAAGCCGGUGGUCAUCGUGCACGGCUUGUUCGACAGCUCGGGAGAUUUUAAGAACCUACAACGUUUUAUUAACGAGUCUCAUCCUGGAACAAAUGUGACCGUGAUCGACUUGUUCGACCGAAGUGCGAGUCUGCAGCCCAUGUGGAAGCAAGUGGAGGGUUUCAAGGCCGCUAUUUAUCCGAUCAUGCAAAACUCUGCCGAUGGAGUCCAUUUUAUCUGCUACUCUCAAGGUGGGCUGGUUUGCAGAGGAAUCCUCUCCACUUUGCCUGAUCACAACGUGCACACGUUCAUCUCGCUGUCCUCUCCUCAAGCCGGACAAUACGGAGAUACCGACUACUUGAGGUACCUUUUCCCGCAGUUUGUGAAGUCCAACCUGUACCACCUGUGUUACACAGCCAUAGGCCAGAGGAUAUCCAUCUGCAACUACUGGAAUGACCCCCACCACAGGGACAUGUAUGUAAACAGCAGUGAUUAUCUGGCGUUGCUCAACAGUGAGAGACCCAAUCCGAAUUCAACAGAGUGGAAGAAAAACUUCUUAAAAAUCAGCAAGUUGGUGCUUGUGGGAGGACCAGACGAUGGAGUCAUCACCCCCUGGCAGUCCAGUCAGUUUGGAUUCUUCGACGACAACGAGACCGUUGUUGAGAUGCAGAGUCAAGACGUCUACUUAAAGGAUGUCUUCGGUUUGAAGUCGUUGGCGGCUCGUGGCGAUCUGAUCUUGUGUUCCGUUCCUGACGUCCAACACGUGUGGUGGCACUCUAAUGAGACUGUUUUUCACACUUGUAUGGAGAAGUGGCUGGUAUAAAACACACCCACGUUAUUAUUUUCUCGGCCGCUUCGUCAGAUUCCGGUUUCCGACUGCAUAAGAUGAAACUGAUCAUAUGUGUAUCUAAUGGAAAACUGACAGUAUUGUUGUUGUUUUUGACUUAUUUUAUUGUUAUGCUGUUUUUAGGAAGGCACAACGAUAGAGUUUUAAGUGUAAAUACUCCCAUGGAUGAGUAGGUUUACCAGCCUUUAAGCUAUGACUGAAAAGAGAAAAGAGACACCAGACCCCCAUCAAUAUUACAUGCAGACAGAGGAAGCAUGAGUAAAGUAAAGGGUGUCCUGUUUUGAUGUUUUUUUUUUUACUUCUUAAUCUGAGUCCGGUCAUUCAUCAAAACGGCAUCUUGUCCAUGUGUGUAUCAUUUAUUUGGUCACACACUGUACCUCAAAGCAACACAACAGUGCCUGAGCGACGUUCUGUUAUCCUGUUUUCAUGCACACACUCACUGCCUUACUCCUGUUUAAUGCAGUCGCUGUAUUAUGUUUGUAUAUGUCGUCAAAUACCAUAGCUGUAUUAAACGUAGCUGCAGCCUUACAUUUCCCCGUCAUGUGUCAGUGUUAAAGGUCGCAUACCGUAAGUGCUAAGACAAACUGCUGAUGUUGUUGAAUGGAUGGAUAGACUUUAGCAGAAUGGCCAAAGAGUGUCAGUGUUGUCUUAAUGGGUGCCUGCCAAUGACUAUAUACAGUACCAUUAGAGCUGCAACAAUUAUUUAUCCAAUUAAUUGGCACCUAUUUUCGUAUUCGAUCAGUCCUUUCUUGAUUUAAAAAUGUAAAUAUCUUCUGAUUUCAGCCUCCUCAAAUGUGAAUAUUUUUUCAUCUUUGUCUUUUAGGCAAAACAAGAAAAUAAUCAUUGGUUGCAGCCCGACAUACCUUUCAUUUCUCAAUAUUUACCUUUCAUUGUAUUAGCAUGUAGUCAUUUGAAGAUUGGAUUCUCAUAUAGCAACUGUACUGUAUUUUAGAUAAGGAACAUUUAAUACUGGUGGAUCUGAAGGGAUUUUUUUAUACUGUACUUCCUGAAAGGAAUAAUAUACUGUAUAAUGAACUAAGACAUGAUUGGGAAAAGUCGAACCUAAUAAGGGAAGAUGAGGUGUUAUGAAUAUGUUUUAUUUAAUUGUAUACAGUAUUGUUUGAAUAUUUUGCAUUGUUUGCAUCAUGUACUGUAUGCUCGUAUAAAGGAAUUGACAUAACUGUUCAUGGUAUGGCUUUAAGGGAUGUCAUACUCCAUGUCCAAAUGUCAAGCUCUACCACAUGUAAAAAUUGACACUUUUUAAAAACAAGCAGAUGCGACUAUAUUUACUAUUUUUAUUAGAGUGUGCUGUCAGUGACGUGUUGAGUGUCUUCAAUAAAAGGUUUU